AAAAAAAAAACACUUUUCCAAUAUUUCGGAAAAUGAAGGCAACAUCGUUCAGCCAUCCGGUGCGGCUUUCCUCGAAUUUGAACCCUUCAUCCAUUUCCCGCCCAAUCAACUUCCCAUCACACCAACGGCAGCCACGUCUGGGCUUCACAGACUCAACAGGUCUGGAUUUCUGUACACAUGGGCCUCGUGGCGCAAUCCGUGCCGUCAAUUUCGGGAUGAAAUCGUACGUGUCGCCGUGGGAUGAGAAACCUUAUGAAACACUUCCGAGUGGUAAAAGAGCUUACUUGGAUGAAGAAGAUAUAGUCACAUUUCUUGAUCCCCCUAAGGAGUUGAUUCCUCUGGAACCUGCUUCUUAUAAUCCAGCUGCAUAUCUUUGGAAAAAAAUUGAAGAUAUUCCUGAGGAAAGGCGUGCUAGACUGCUGCAGUUACUUACACCCAGGAUUAUAUCAAGAGCAUGGGAGAUAGCCGGCAGACGAUAUGAGGAUCCUAAGUUAGCAAAGAAUUUUGCAUCCAAUUUAGCUUGUGAGGAUGGUGUAAUGCUUGAAAAUUAUAACUGUCGAACAAGUGGAGGACCAAUGCCUAUUGCUUGGAUGAAUUCCUUCAAGAAGGCUAUUUUUUGUGGGAAGGAUGGGAAGACCUACGGACGAUUUAUUGGUGGAUCAGUUCUGUCUGGAUUUACAAAGUCUUUUAGUCCAUUGUACUUUGAACUGAAACAAGUUAAGGAAGUGAUGUCAACUGGGCAGCCUUGUGAUUUAGCAUAUGAUUUUGGGGAUGGCCUUUUGGAUCUCCAAGAAUAUCCACAAGGCUUCCCAAAGCCAGCAAAACAUUUGUAUCCGUUCAACGAUCUGGUUGUCGUAUAUAUUCGUCAUCUAGGACCGGGGGUCUCAGUAGGGCAAGCAUGGCAAGAAGGGAAAGCAUUACAAGAUGUGCCUCAAAAGUUAUGUGGUGAGAUAUUAAUGGUGAAAGAUUAUGCUGCAUUAUCUGAAAAUCACUAAAACAAUCUACCUAGUUAGAUGAAAGAUUAUGCUGCAAUGGUUCGAGCGAGAAAACAAAAAGCCUGUACAACUGAGUACCAAGAUGCCAUGUAGAAAGGUGUUUCAAAUUU